UUCCCAUUGCUCAUGUCACAUUCCCUACAAUAUUGCAUUAUUCUCACACUCACACCUACACCAACCCUCACCAUCAUAUCUGAUCUAAAAUCUGCCUAUUCCUAUCUAUCUGAACAGAGCAGAGGAGAGAGAGAAACACACAGUCACACACACAACACAAAACACAAAAGGGUCUCUGAUUGUUCUCUUGAAAAGUCCAGCUUCCACCACCACCACCUCUCUAGGGUUCCUUUGCUUUCAAUGUUUGCAUAAAAAUAUCAUUUCUAUAUUGUUUUUCUGAAAAAAAGCAACAGAGGCCUUUUCCUUACCGAUCUUGUCCUCUCUCUGUCUUUCUUGCCAUAUGCUGAGUUUGCUGAACUGAAUUGAAUUGUAGCUUCCUUCAUCACAUUCUCCAACAUCUUAUUCAGGAAUAAAAGAAGAGGCAGUUUAAAGAUGGGUUACUUAUGUGAUUUUUGUGGAGACCAGAGGUCCUUGGUGUACUGCCGCUCUGAUUCCGCGUGCUUAUGUUUGUCAUGCGAUCGAAAUGUUCAUUCUGCCAAUGCACUUUCUAGGCGUCAUUCGAGAACCCUUGUAUGCGAGAGAUGCAAUUCACAACCUGCAUUUGUGAGGUCUGUUGAAGAGAAAAUUUCACUUUGUCAGAACUGUGAUUGGUUGGGUCAUGGUACCUCACCGUCUUCUUCGAUGCACAAGAGGCAAUCAAUCAAUUGCUACUCUGGCUGCCCUUCAGCGGCAGAAUUUUCUUCAAUAUGGUCCUUUUUCUUAGACAUCCCUUCUUUGGGUGAAGCAUGUGAGCAGGAACUAGGUUUGAUGAGCAUUAAUGAGAACAUUCCUCCAGAAGGGCAGAAUGUGUCUGGUUCAACUGAAGUGACUGAUCUACCCAGCAAGGGUAAAUCUUGGGCUGGCACACCUUCAAUACCUGAGUCAAGCUCAGAACCUCGUAUUCUGGACCAGCCGCCUGGACCUGCCAAUGAAUGUGUGCCCAAGUUGUACUGUCCUGGGAAGAAAGCUUCUGGAAUAUGUGAAGAUGAUGAUCUAUAUGAUGAUUUCAUCAUGGAUGAAGUUGAUCUAGAACUUGAGAACUAUGAGGAACUUUUUGGGAUGGCUCUCAGUCACUCUGAAGAGCUUUUUGAAAAUGGUGGAAUUAAUAGCUUAUUUGAGGCAAAGGACAUGUCUGCUAGUGCUGGUGAUUCCCAUUGUCAGGGUGCUGUUGCUGCUGAGGGAUCGUCUGCUGGGUUGGUCAAUCCUAUCCAACCAGCAUGCAGCAAUGCAGCAUCUGCAGAUUCAGUGAUGAGUACAAAAACUGAACCAAUUGUUUGUUUUACGGCAAGGCAAUCUCAAUCAAACAUUUCCUUUUCUGGUGUUACCAAAGAUAGUGCUGGUGACUAUCAAGACUGUGGUGCUUCUUCAAUGCUUCUCAUGGGAGAACCUCCCUGGUGUCCUCCUUGCCCUGAGAGUUCUCUGCAUUCUGCUAACCGAAGCAAUGCUGUCAUGCGCUACAAGGAAAAAAAGAAGACCCGGAAGUUUGAGAAGAAAGUAAGAUAUGCCUCUCGCAAGGCUAGGGCUGAUGUCAGAAAGCGUGUGAAGGGCCGAUUUGUCAAAGCUGGUGAUGUCUAUGACUAUGACCCUUUGAACCAAACCAGAAGCUACUGAGUGUACAACUUUUAACCAUGUUCUGUAAAAAGGAAAGAAUCACUCUAUAGUUGCAAAAGAAAAGUAACUCUUACCUGAAAAAAUGGAUGAAAUUUGAUGCAUUCUUUCUCCAUGCAAUGACAAGCUGUCUGAUUUUAUGACAGGGGCAUAAAUUUUCUUCACGGGGAAGAAGGUUGUAAGCAGGCCCUUGUCCAAUGAAAUUGACAGUGUAAAAGCUCAGGAGCAAAGAUUGUGUGUCCUUCACUGCAAUGGACAUUCUCAGUUGCAAUUUCAGCCGACAUGACAGCAUCAUCACAAACUGCCCCCCUUCAGGCAAUGUGUCAUGAAUUUUGGUUGCCCUUCUGUUUAACUUGGCAAAAUCCUGCUUCUUAAUACUAAUCUAAUGCAAAAUUCUUUUUUAAGCCCUUUGGCCUUGAUCUUGCUCAUAGUUUGUCAUAUUUUAUGUCAACUCCUCACUGAUCCCGAGUCACAUGUACAAGUGUGCCUAUGAUGGCAUGAUAAGUGGCUCAAUUUGAUAAGUUCUAGACAAUCUUCUACACUGUUGUAGGAAUAUUUUGUCCCUCUCUCUUUUGCCAUGUAUAGUGCAGAAUAUACAUAAAUGCAGUUAGAGGUGUAAUGACCCAACAGUUCCUUAGGUAUGACAAAUUGUAAAUUUGAAGGUUAUUUAUGUAUAGAAUAGGAUGCUGCUAUUGCUAUUUAUUUUGAUGACACAACAUUCUAUAUUUUUGGACAUGUAUCCAUAAAAGUUUUGUUUGUAUUUUAUUUGAUUUGAUUGCCAUGGAUACACUUCAAUUGCAUGGCAUAUUUACUUCAAUUGUAAUUGUGAGUCACUUCUAAGAAAAAGAAACCCUAUUACUGAA